AUGUCGACGAAGGUUCCUGAAAAUGUUAAAGGAGCAGUGGAUUUCGACCCAUGGCUGACUCCCUUUGCUGAUGUUUUGUCUGAAAGAAGGUUCUUGGCAGAUAAGUGGGCCUAUGAUAUUACUCAUGCCACCCCUGACGGAUCUUACCAGUCUUUGACCAAAUUUGCAAGAGACUCGUACCUUUCCUAUGGGCUUCACGCAGAUCUGCAGAGCAAGGAGAUCAGAUAUAAGGAAUGGGCUCCCAAUGCCAAACGAGCAUUUUUGGUCGGUGAGUUUAACGAGUGGGACGAGACAAGCCACGAAUUAAAACACAAGGAUGAAUUUGGAAAUUUCAGCAUCACGAUUCCACCCAAGUCGAAUGGGGAGUUUGCCAUUCCACAUGACAGUAAAAUUAAAGUGAUGUUUGUUCUGCCAGAUGAUUCGAAGAUUUAUAGAAUUCCGGCUUGGAUCACACGGGCAACUCAACCAGAUGAAACCACCGCUAAAGCAUUUGGACCCGCCUACGAAGGCAGAUUUUGGAAUCCUCCCAAUCCGUACAGGUUUGCGCAUCAAAGACCCUCCUUCAACGAGCACACGGGCUCCCUGAGAAUAUAUGAAGCUCACAUCGGCAUUUCAUCGCCAGAACCCAAGAUUGCUACUUAUAAGGAAUUCACGCAAAAUGUUCUACCACGUAUAAAAAAACUGGGUUACGAUGCGAUACAAUUAAUGGCCAUCAUGGAGCAUGCUUAUUAUGCCUCUUUUGGUUAUCAAGUGACGAAUUUCUUUGCCAUCAGCUCCCGUUUCGGGAACCCAGAGGAGCUCAAAGAGUUAAUUGAUACUGCUCAUGGAAUGGGGAUCCUUGUUUUACUGGACGUCGUUCACAGUCACGCUUCCAAGAAUGUCGAGGAUGGAUUGAAUCGGUUUGAUGGAUCUGAUCAUCAGUAUUUCCACUCCGUAUCUUCCGGGAGAGGAGAACAUCCACUGUGGGAUUCCCGCUUGUUCAACUACGGCAGCUUUGAAGUUCAGAGAUUUUUACUUUCCAACCUAGCCUUCUUCAUCGAUGUUUAUCAGUUCGACGGCUUUAGAUUUGACGGUGUUACUUCCAUGUUGUAUCUGCAUCACGGUGUUGGUGAGAGCGGGGGAUUCAGCGGCGAUUACAACGAAUAUUUAUCAAGAGAUAGAUCUCACGUUGAUCAUGAAGCUUUGGCCUAUUUGAUGGUCGCCAAUGAUCUGGUUCAUGAACUGCUACCCGAAUCUGCGAUCACCAUUGCAGAGGAUGUCUCAGGCUAUCCGACGCUGUGUCUGCCCCGGUCAAUGGGUGGUGCAGGUUUCAAUUACAGAUUAGCCAUGGCUUUGCCUGACAUGUGGAUCAAGAUCCUAAAAGAGCAAAAGGACGAAGACUGGGACAUGGCAAAAAUCGUCUAUACGCUAACAAACAGACGCCAUGGAGAAAAAGUUGUCGCAUACUGUGAAUCUCACGAUCAAGCACUUGUUGGUGAUAAGACGCUAGCUUUCUGGUUAAUGGACGCCGCUAUGUACACGGAUAUGACCGUGCUGAAGCCGAAUACACCAGUAAUUGACCGCGGAAUUGCAUUGCAUAAACUGAUUAGGUUAAUUACCCAUUCUCUUGGCGGUGAAGCCUACCUUAACUUUGAAGGUAAUGAAUUUGGCCACCCAGAAUGGUUGGAUUUCCCAAACAAAAAUAAUGGAGAGAGUUUCCACUAUGCUCGCAGACAAUUCAAUCUGGUUGACGAUGAUCUGCUGCGUUACAAGCAUCUCUAUGAAUUCGACGCAGCCUUGCAGAACUGUGAGAGAGAACACCAAUGGUUGAACACCCCUCAAGCGUACGUUUCCCUAAAGCAUGAAGUUGACAAGGUGAUCGUUUUUGAGCGCAACGGACUACUUUUCAUCUUCAAUUUCCACCCCACACAGAGUUUCACGGAUUACAGGAUCGGUGUCGAAACGCCGGGAUGUUACCGGAUCAUUUUGAACACAGAUCGUAAGCAAUACGGUGGGUUUGACAGGAUAGACGAGAGCUCGAAGUUCUUUACGACCAACAUGGCUUGGAAUAAUCGUAAAAAUUUCAUUCAAGUUUAUAUACCCUCGAGAGUCGCACUGGUUUGCGCCUUAGAGUAA